AUGUCGAGUAGUUCAUUUUACCAAUGGAAAUGUAAGACCGAGACGCUUUUCAACAGUUGUUCGGUAAAUUUCAAACCUAAGAUCGAAAUUCCGAUGGAAAGCAGUGCAAGUAUCGAUCCAUAUCAGUAUUUGCAGGAAGUUAGAUUUUUCGAUGAACAACCAGAAUCUGAUUCAGAUGAAGAUAUUUGCUCUAACGGUUACUGCUUCGAUUUAUCUCAACUCGAAAUCAUCAGAGAAAUUUGGAGACGAGAUUACGAAAAUCCCGAAAAAUCGAAUGAUGUUACAGGAUUUUUUGAUUGGAAGAAAAGUGUGAUCACUUACUCCUGGAAUCCUAUGAAGAGGAAAAUACUGUCGAAAAGAGAAAUGAACAAGCAAAUAAAUGAUUUGAAAUUUGGUACGGUUAAUUUGAUCAGGCUACCUUUGGGCAAGAAACAGAUCGACUCGGAACAAUACAAAGUCGAAAACUUGUUCAAAAAUCCUGCUAAAAUGAUUCCAUCGGUAGUGCUGCAUAAGAUAUGAACUUUUUCUUUUCAAGAAUUACCUAACUUGUCUUGGACAAAACAAUUACCACGACUACUUUUCACC